AUGAUUUGCAUCACAUCACGUGUGUCAAGCUAUCGCCGAACAGUGCCAGUAUUAGUGACGGAAACGAUAACAGGAUGUGUUCCACCUAAGGAUAUCAACACGGACCAAUGGAAUCUUUCGGACAUCGAUUUGGCGGAUCCUUCGUUCCAUUUAAGCAAACCUGUUGAUUUGCUGCUAGGUGUGUCAACGGUCUUUGAUAUCAUUCGGAGCGGCAAUAAGCAAAUUGGAGAAGAAUUGCCGCACAUUCAAAAUACUGCAUUGGGCUGGGUGGUUGGCGGAGGUCCUGCUUACAUGAAAGCCAACCGAGAAGUAACGAUGAUCAUAAAUGAAUCUGCAAACAACAUAUUGUCCCCUAGGUGGACUGAAGAGGAAUCCUUGUAUCAUCUUGGCGAUUCAGAAACAUUGGCUUUAGCGAGAUUCUUAAAGCUUGAAAAAAGGUUCGAUGCGAAUCCAGUAUUGCAUCAACAAUACAGCAGUUUCGUAUCGGAAUAUGUGGCUCUUGGACACAUGUCAAAGCUGAGCAAAAAUGAUUUGGCAAGAAUUAAGGAAAGUGGGCCCAUUUUCUACAGUCCUCAUCAUCCUGUUUUGAGACCCGAGAGUACCACCACAAAGCUAAGGGUAGUUUUCAACGGGUCAGCACCAUCAUCCAGUGGGUUAUCGCUCAAUGAUGUUUUGAUGACUGGACCAGCCAUUCAAGAGGACACGUUCAACAUCCUAAUCCGUUUCCGAUUUCCGAAGUUUGUUUUGAUAGCCGAUUUGGAAAAAAUGUUUAGACAAAUUUUAGUCCAUGAAGAUGAUUCCCAGUUACAACUGAUUCUUUGGCAAUUCUCGAGCGAAGAUCCAGUUGACACGUACCGCCUCAAUACUGUAACAUAUGGUACAUGUUCAGCUCCGUAUCUAGCGGCACGAUGUCUCAAACAGCUGGCAGUCGAGUCCGCAGCAGCCUUUCCAGAAGCCAGUAAGGUGAUUGAAAUGGACUUCUACAUGGACGACAUGUUGACUGGCCUUGAUGACGCAGAGAAGCUUAUGGAGAUGAAGGAAGACAUUACAACGAUUUUGAGUGGUGCCGGUUUCAAGCUUCACAAAUGGAAGUCCAAUUGUCCAACCGUGGUUGAUGAUAGUCAGGAGACAAAUGAGGUCAAAAUCCUAGGACUAAGAUGGAACUCGGAAUCGGAUGUUUUUGGAUUUCAUAGCGAACUCCAGAUGAAUGCAAAAAUAACAAAGCGUUCGGUUUUAUCGGAAAUACAGAAAGUGUAUGACCCACUAGGCAUUCUGUGUCCUGUCAUUGUGCAUGGAAAGCUUCUAAUGCAAGAUAUCUGGGCUCAAAAACUUGGUUGGGAUGAGUUGCUGCCAAAUGCAAUUGCAAGCAAGUGGAAAUGGUUUUCUGCUCAAAUGCCUGGCAUUCAAAACAUCGAGUUUCCUAGGCGAAUCUCCGCUACAGAACCCUGUCCCAACAACACCAUUGAGCUACAUGGAUUUUCGGAUGCGGCAAAAAGAGCAUACGGCGCGGCAAUUUAUGUCAGAACCGUUACAAACCAUGGUGUACAAGUCAAGCUUCUGUGUUCGAAGUCACGGGUUACACCCUCAAGUGAGAAAAAUACGGAUGAGAACACGACUAUACCUAGAAUGGAGUUGAGAGCUGCAACACUGUUAGUAGAGUUGAUGACGAAGGUUAAGGCAGCUACCACGGUUAAAAUCCAAGGAGAGUACUAUUGGACUGACUCUACGGUUACAUUGGAUUGGAUAGCAAACCCAUCCAAACGGCGGCCACAGUUCGUCACCAACAGAGUUAGCAAAAUCAACGAAGUGACUUCUAUCAACGAUUGGUAUCAUGUCAGCUCCGGGGACAAUCCUGCUGAUCCAAUUUCCAGAGGCUCUUCCGCAAAGGCGUUGAUCAAAAAUCGGUUAUGGUGGAAUGGUCCAGCUUUCCUGUCAGAAUGCCAACAACCAUGGAAUCAAGCUCCUAUUGAGCAACUGGAUUGUUUCAUAACACGAAAUGUGAGUAACGGUCGGCAAGCCGAUCAAGCUGAUACAUCGGACUACACACUAAUCGAGCGAUAUUCAAGCAUUGGAAAAUUGCAACGAGUGGUAGCUUAUUGCUUGCGUUUCAAGAUAAAUUGUCUAUCACGAAACAAAUUCAAUGGCUCGUUGUCAGCUGGGGAGCUUAAGGAGGCACUGAAGUGUGUCAUCAAGAUUAGUCAAAAAAGGCACUACAAUACCGAAAUCAAACUACUCACCGACAAUAAAGAAAUAAGUACAUCUAGCUCGCUGCUGACGCUAAAGCCGUUCUUGGAUCAAGAGGGACUGCUGAGAGUCGGUGGUCGCAUCGCAGCAGCCGGACUAGAUUACGAUCAACUACAUCCGGUAAUUCUACCAGCGAAAUGUAACGUGACCCUGCUAAUCGCUAUCGAUACGCAUUCCACUCAUCUCCAUGUCGGAGCUCAAGGAUUGUUUGACCUUCCCGACCCCGUCGUCGUCCACCGCACCAGGCAGGACACACAAAGACUGAGACCCCCACACGAAGCUCCCAUAGCAGCUCCUCGAGCCCCGUCGUCGUCGUCGUCGUCGUCAUCGGAUGGAAAAAAGCACCCCCCGUCGACGGCCCCAAACAGCACCACCGGUAGCACUAGCAGCAGCCCCAACAGCAACAGCAGCAGCAGCAGCAGCAAUAUCCAAGCCGGCAACUGCUAG